CCGCCCCCUCCUUAGUUGAUUGGUGGAGAAUCAGAGCAUGGAAUUUUGAGCCCGUCCCCCUCUCUCCACAUUCCCUGUUGCUAGCAGAGCUCUCAUUUCUCCCAUCAAAAGAGUCUUAGCUAACAUGGUGCAGCAAGUACUCUACAGAGCGCUGGUCUCCACCAAAUGGCUGGCAGAAGCUGUCCGGGCCAAUAAGCUUGGGCCUGAGCUGCGUGUGCUGGAUGCUUCCUGGUACGAGCCUGGUCAGCAAGAUGCCCAAAAAGAAUUCAGAGAGCGGCACAUUCCCGGGGCCUCCUUUUUUGAUAUUGAAGAGUGCAAAGACAAAUCUUCACCUUAUGAGCUCAUGCUGCCCAGUGAAAAACACUUUGCUGACUAUGUGGGUCACCUGGGCAUCAGCAACCACACACAUGUGGUGGUGUAUGACGGAGACCAGUUGGGCAGCUUCUACGCACCACGGGCCUGGUGGAUGUUCCGAGUCUUUGGGCACCGAACGGUCUCCGUGCUGAAUGGUGGGUUCAAGAACUGGGUGAAGGAAGGGCAUCCAGUGACAUCAGAGAUGAGCCGGCCAGAGCCGGCUGUGUUUAAAGCCACUUUGGACAGGUCGCUUGUGAAGACCUAUGAGGAGAUGGUGGAGAACUUGGAAUCCAGGCGGUUCCAGGUGGUGGAUUCCAGAGCAGAAGGGAGGUUCCGAGGAACAGCACCUGAGCCUGGGAAAGAAGGGCUUGAACCAGGUCAUAUCCCAGGCUCUCUGAACAUGCCAUUUUUCAAUUUCCUAACUGAGGAAGGGUUUGAGAAGAGCACGGAUGAGAUUCGGAGCAUGUUCCAGGAAAAGAAGGUGGAUCUCUCAAAACCUCUGAUUGCCACAUGCCGUAAGGGAGUCACGGCCUGCCAUAUUGCUCUGGCAGCAUACCUGUGUAGCAAACCAGAUGUGGCAGUCUAUGAUGGAUCCUGGUCAGAAUGGUUUCGCCGUGCACCACCAGAGCAUAAAAUUUCUGAGUGGAAUCGCAACAAGGCAUAAGUAAGGAAGCGUCUGUCUGCUGUGAUCCUUUCCUCAUUCAUGCUCUGCAAUCGAGAUGUUUAAUAAUUUCUAACAAAGGGCAAAGGAUGGGAAAAUAUGUGAAGCUCAUAGUCAUUUAUAAUUUUCUAGUUUUCUAAUCCAGUGCUGUUUUUAGUAUCUUCUUUUCUCAAGCGGGUAAUUGAAUAAAAUUUAAUUUCAGGUCAAGUGGCA